AUGUCCGUCAUCGCCCGAUGCGCGACUUUCGUCGCCACGAAAACCAGUUUGAAGCAACAGUUUGCGGUGAACAAUCGAUCGUCCGCGACUAAAAUCGUCAGACCGUACUCGGCGGUUGCCUCGAUCAACAAAAAAGCGUUCGUGGACGCGGUGGCGGAAGCCGCCGGGGUGGAGAAGAAAGUCGCGGAGAACGUCGUGAACGCGGCUUUGGGCGUAGUCACGGCGUCGGUUGCCGCGGGCGAGAAGAUUACUUUGACCGGGUUCGGGACGUUUGAACGUAAAAUGAGAUCGGCGAGAGAAGGGAGGAAUCCGAAAACCGGGGAUCCGUUGAAGAUUCCAGCCGCGGCGUAUCCGAGUUUUAGCGCCGGGAAGAGUUUUAAAGACGCGGUGAAGAAAUAA